UGUAGCAGGUGACAAAACCAGCGACGCACAGGACACAUUUUUGGUGCAAGUUUGGAAAAAAUCAGCCGGGCAUGGAGUGGUUUAUUCAACUGUCCUUGUUGUGUUACCUAACAAUUGGCGUGAGCGCCAUGACCACAGUGUAUAUGGACGACAACUGUGGUAAGACGUUUAUCGUGGACGAUUCGGUGAGGAUCGUGUCCUCCAGAGGCGGCUAUCUGACGGCACGGAUGUCCUGUAACAUCUUCCUUAUCUCCAACAGUAAGGAGACAAACGAGCUCGUCCACAUACGUUCCUUCAACAUGUCAUGCGCCACAGGUUUCCUAACACUUUACGACGGCAAGGGAAUUGUACCACAGUACGCAGUAGCUAGUGGGUAUUGUGGUAAAAAGUCCAAACUUCCCAUGACCGUAUUCAAUUCCACACUCCACGGAUUUACACUCCAACUUACUACACUUAACUGGAACUUCUAUGCUGGAUAUGACGUACUGGUGACGUCAUAUUUUAAAGAUGGUCCAUGUUCUACACGUGAGUACCAGUGCUCUAAUACGUGGUGUAUCGCCCGGAACCUCCAUUGUGACGGCUACGACAACUGUGGUGACGGUAGUGACGAAGCUCACUGUCCCGCUGGUGGUGCUCCGUCUUCACAUCCAUCCUUGGUGGUUCUUAGCCUACUGUUAAUUACAGCCGUGUAUCGCUAUAUAUAGAACAAUUUUAAAGUUGAUAGACAUACUUCAUAUAUGUUGUCUUUUGUGACAUCUCAAAGGCCUAUGGCAGAGUUUGGCACAGAGCUCUAAUAGCAAAAAUAAAAGCAUAUGGUGUUUCAGGUAAAUUUUUUAAAUGACUGGAAAAUUAUAUACAUAGCAGAACUUACUCUGAUUAUCAGGUUUUGGGGGCAGGUGUGCCUUAAGGUUCAGUACUAGGGCCCCUGUUUUUUUUUUUAUCUUUAUUAAUGAUAUAGCUGAUAAAUU